AGUGAUAAGCAGCAACGUAAGCGAUUAUUAGUAAUUAUAUUACCCUGUUUAGGAUUGCUUAAAAUAAUUAAGCUGACAUAAGUUAUUUGAAUUUAAUUGUUUUCCGACCCUAGCAGACGACUAUUAUGUGAGAUGGCUCGAAACGCAUGCGCGGCGCGCACAUAUAUCUAUAUAUGUAUAUCUAUAGGUAUAUGUGGCAAUAACGGCGACGAGACGUCAACUAUAUACAUAUAUUAGGCUGCGUCCACAAUUGAGCGUAUACGUUAGGGUUUACAAGGAGUUUACGUAGAACAUAACGUUUUGGGCAGUACUGCCAAUCCACUGUAGCAGACUGCAGUUGAAACGAAGGAACACACCUGCUCAAAAUUUAACCUAUAAAAAUGUUUAAAUUUGAAUUGUAUGGUAAUAAAUUGUAAAAUUCUUUUUUCAAAUAAAAUUAUAAAAUUUUGUAAGAGAAUGUAUUAUAACAAAUUAGUUUCUGAUUAAAAAAAAGGUCUACCACUGUCUCAAAAAAGGAAAGGAGAAUAAAAAAUAACGCACAUUACCAAAUGAAAAAUUUAUUAUUAUAAUUAGUUAAAUAGCAUAGGAAAUGAUUGUAUGAUUAUGUUCUUCAUUGUAUAAGUAAGCGAUUAAUAGCUUCAAACUGAAAGACGAAUCAUACGUAUUUUAUUUUAAAAUAACUUGAAAUUUUGCUCAUGCUAAAAUUUUGUCCAGCUUAUAGUUUAUAAUUAAUUGAACAUAGUUUUGACAUUAAAUUUGGUUUACAAUAUAUUGCUUCAAUCUUCAGAAAAGCCAUUUUGAAUUGAUGUCUUGCAAAUAAGUAUCGAUGGGCAGUUUUGUAUAAUUGUUCUCUAUGACUCUUUACUAUUCGAUAUUCUUGAUGAUAAAAAAUCAAUAAUAUUUUUUUUCUCAGAGCUGCCUUAGAAGGGAGGAAUACAAAAAUAGCUGUACUAUUGAUACAAAGGGAAGCCCCUCCACCUCCUGGUACUGAAGAUAUGGUAGCUACAGAGCGAGCAACUGCACUUUGUGCUGCAUGCGAGUUACCAGCAAAAACUCUUUAUUUUUUACCUUAUGCAGACCAUUUAUUAGGCUACACAUUUAGAUUAGAGCAUAUUUUAUACAACUUAGCCCAAAGUUUUUAUCAUCAAGAAUAUCGAAUAGUAAAGAGUCAUAGAGAACAAUUAAACAAAACUGCCCAUCGAUACUUAUUUGCAAGACAUCAAUUCAAAAUGGCUUUCUGAAGAUUGAAGCAAUAUAUUGUAAACCAAAUUUAAUGUCAAAACUAUGUUCAAUUAAUUAUAAACUAUAUGCUGGACAAAAUUAGUUAUUUUAAAAUAAAAUACGUAUUCAAGUUAUUUUAAAAUAAAAUACGUAUGAU